CCGUCUUCGCCGCCCACGGGAGUGGUCUCUUCCUACACUACGACUCCCCGCUAGUAUACCUUUACCUCGCUAUGGAGCAGCAGUCCAAGGCUCCGCAGGACAUCCGGAAUGUCGUCAACUUCCUGCGUAGCAGCAAAGCGGGCAUGAAGGUCCGCGUUGGCGUGCUGAACGGGAAGCGCAUAGACUACUUCAAGGGCAAGGCCGCUGUAAAGGCUCUCACCUCGCCCGCGUACGCCAAGCUCAAGAACGUCCCCAAGGUUUCUACCGAAGAAGAAGCGACCCAGCUCCUCCUCUCUAUCAUUCCCUUCGCCUUCUUCCUCCGCGUCGAGCGCGGCGCGCCCUCCGGCUCAGCUUCCUCUUCCCCCAAGACGCUCCAGAUCACUCAGAUGCAGACAUUCGUUCUUUCGGACUAUUACGCGUGGUUCUAUGAGGGCUCGCAGUUGACGACGUACUUGGGCGGUGUGGCUAUGGUUGCCGUCAUGCUCGGGGGAGUCAUGUUCCCUCUCUGGCCGCCCAUCAUGCGCUUGGGUGUGUGGUACCUCUCGAUCGGCGUGCUGGGCUUGAUCGGCUUGUUCUUCGCGCUGGCGGUCGUCCGCCUAAUAUUCUUCAUCAUCACCAUCAUCGUCGCGAGCCCUGGUAUCUGGAUAUUCCCGAAACUGUUCGCAGACGUUGGAUUCGUCGAGUCGUUCAUCCCGCUCUGGGAAUGGGACCUCCCCAAAAAGAAGUCCAAGAAGAAGCGCAGCGAGAAGUCCGAGAAGAAGGGCAAGUCCGCGGCCGUCUCGCCUACAAAUGGCGAGGGCUCCCCUUCCCCAAGCCUGUCAGCACGCAUUGAAGAAGUGCCCGACUCGGACGACUCACGCCCCGCGAGCAGACAAGCCCGCGUAGAAGAGGUCCUGGAUGAGGACGACUCAUAGUUGCGUUUCGAUUUACAUUUUGCCGCGGUGUCAACGUGGCUGCUGUGCCGUUGGCCGUUGGCGGGGGGCUGGAUGGGCUGAGCUCGAUGACUUACUAUAUCACGCUGUAUCUAUCUGCCAGUCUGCUAUUCCUUCACUUGGGAUAUUUUAUCAUAUGGUACGAGCACAAACAUGUCC